GACCUCGAUCAUCCAUUGAGAACUGAACAUCCGACGUUUUGAAUAGAUAUCAACUUGUGAAAAUCACUAAUCUAGAAUUUAAGAAUUGAACCCAAAAACCUACCCUUUUGCCCUGACCCCCGUUUCACAAGACCAUGGAUAUGGAUAAUAAAAAUAUGAUAAAUGAUGACUCAAAUGUCACGCUCACAAUAAGGCUUAUUAUGCAAGGAAAGGAAGUGGGCAGUAUCAUAGGCAAAAAAGGAGAAAUAGUCAAAAGAUUUAGGGAAGAGUCUGGUGCCAAAAUAAACAUAUCUGACGGGUCUUGUCCUGAACGCAUUGUAACAGUAACGGGAUCAACCAAUGCAAUUUUUAAAGCUUUCACAUUAAUUUGUAAAAAAUUCGAGGAGUGGUGUUCCCAGUUCCAGGACAUAAAUAGUGGAGGUAGCGGUGUACCAAGGCCUCCUAUUACGUUGCGACUUAUCGUACCUGCAAGCCAAUGUGGAUCUCUCAUCGGUAAAGGAGGGUCUAAAAUCAAAGAAAUUAGGGAAGUUACGGGGGCGUCGAUUCAAGUCGCCUCUGAAAUGCUGCCCAACUCAACGGAGAGGGCGGUCACCAUUUCCGGAACCGGAGAAGCAAUCACGCAGUGCAUUUAUCACAUCUGUACCGUUAUGCUCGAGUCCCCUCCUAAAGGAGCAACCAUCCCCUACCGCCCCAAACCCCAAGUGGGUGGCCCCGUGAUCCUGGCCGGCGGACAAGCCUAUACCAUCCAAGGCAACUACGCCGUUCCUGCCCAUACAGAUGUAAGUAGUUCAGUAAUGACUCCUUUACUUCCCCCCUUGCCCCUCGGCCACCCGCUGGCUGCCGUGGCGCCAGCGGCUCCGCUCAUGCCGCUCGAGCCGCUCAAGAACGGACACUUACAGGCAGCCCUACCGCCCGCGCAUCUUUUGCCAGAUAUGAGUGCACUUGGUAAAAGUCCUCUCGCAGGACUAGCAGCCUUAGGACUAGGAGGCCUUGCACCGACCAACACAGGUGGAUUAAAUCCAGCAGCGUUGGCAGCUCUCGCCGGAUCUCAGCUUCGAACGUCGAACUCUCGAAACCAACAAAAUUCCAAUCAACAAACACACGAGAUGACCGUUCCGAAUGAGCUAAUCGGUUGCAUCAUUGGCAAAGGCGGUACGAAGAUCGCCGAAAUACGACAGAUUUCCGGAGCGAUGAUCCGUAUAUCGAACUGUGAUGACCGUGAAAGUGGCGUUACCGACCGUACAAUUACCAUCUCUGGCAAUCCGGAUGCGGUGGCUUUAGCGCAGUAUCUCAUCAAUAUGAGGAUAUCAAUGGAGACUGCGGGCUUGCCGAUGCCAGGCUACCACUACAUUGCUCCGAACCACAUAGUAAAGGCCCCGAUCCAUUAACUGAACUGGCCCUGGCAUCAAGAAUACUUGGUGCCACCCACUGAUCCCCAAUCUCAAUGGUAUUUCAGAUAAUACCGUGUAAAUUAGGUCUGAUCUGUGAAAACUACAAUUAUUGACAAUAUUGUCAUUAAAUUAUGAUGGAAACUUUACAAAAAAAAAAGAUUGGUAAUGGGGAACAAGCCAAAGAUUCGUUAUUUUUAAUUUUUUACAAUGAUAUAACGUAUUUAUAUAAUUAUAUUUAGAUACAAUCAGAAAAUUGACUAUUUACUGUCUGUUAGCGAUUUCGUAGUUGAAUUUGUUUAGUUGUUUGACGCGAAAUGACUGGAUUGUUGGAGCAGUUGAACUGUUCACAAGACAUAAUUUUGUCAAAUUAUACUUUGCAAGUUAUUACCCUCCACGUGCUUUCGUUUACCAAAGAACGAUAACCAAAGUUUAAGUAGCUUAUCAUUCCUACAAGAUCUAGUGACUGGAAUAAAGUGCCAAAAUGUAAAUAGUUAUUGUUCGCGAUUCCCACACGGUGCUUCGAAAGUUUUUCAAACUUUGAAAGCACCGAGUGGCUUGUUUCAAACUUUGAGAUUGUUAUUAUUUUCGAAUCGAAAUAGAAAUUAGUUGUAUAUUUUGUUUCGUGUUAUGUAAAUACGGCGGGACAAUAACUUUCAAGGUAUAUUAAUGCGUUUUAAAUUACGUUGCAUAUAAUAGUAUUUAUUUAUAGCAAUUUUAAUCUUAUUUAUUUAUCGUGUUGGUUUGCCUAGUAGCAGAGCGAGGAAUGGUCGAAAUGCCCGCCUGGCGUUAUCAUAUCAAUCGCGUUGGCUUAUUAUGGAUGUACAUAUCAGUAUUUAGCUGCGGGGCGAGUGUUUGGGCCCCAUUUCCUGUUUUUCUAGGUUUUUAGUGAUUAGUCUAAGAGUGAUUUGGGCACUUUUGUGAUCUAGUUAACCGAGUUGGUAUUAAAGAUCGCUGUGCAAUAUGAGAUUGUUUGCAUUUUUAACAUUGGGCUGUGCAUGUUAAUUAAGUAUUCGUUGUUUACGUAAUUUCUUCCUCGAACAAAGGAGAUAUUUUUGUGCCAAAUUAACUCUUCCCUUUUUGCUCAUGCCGUCAAUGCUCACAUCACUCGAAAUUUUUACUGUUAUUAUUGCAAACAGUCUAUUUGUGAUUAGUGGUAGCUCACUGUGAUCACGUCAUGUAACAAUGCACUGUUGCGAAUAAUAAUAAUUAAGGUAGUGCUUAUAUUAAAUUAUUGAAUCGUGCUGUACUUAUGGCCGGGUUUUAGGGGCAGGUAAAGGCUACCAGUGAAACGGUUUUUUUUCAUUUUUUAUUCAGUUUUACCACCAGAACUGGCUUGUUAUUUAGUAGUAGUGAUAUAUAAUCUAGUCUAUUAUUUACUAACAUUUUUCAUGUUUAUUAUUGAUGUAAUUUUAUUCGAUCUAAACGUUUGACUAUAAUGGGGACAAUCUAUUGUUAUCCCUUUGUGUUACUGAGUGUUCUUAACAUAGAUUAUUGAUGUCGGUAUGCGACCGCUCGCCGCUUUUCCUUCAAUUAAUUGUCGAUUUUUUUGGCUUGCAACUACCAUGGAAGAAGUAGCGAUGCGGUUUUGGAGCAUUCCGACAAUAAAACAGUAAUGUAAUCAUGUGCCAAAUAAAUGGAUCAAGAGUUUUUCAUAUUCAAGACACAUGUACAAAAUUGUGUUUCUUUGGAAUUUUUGAAUAAUGUAAUAUUUUCUAAGAACUCCAUGUUUCAAAUUUAGGGACUAGCGAAGAACUUCGUACCUAGUUUAGAGUUUCAAUAACUGUUUUAUAAUUUUGAAUGUGACACUUAUCAAGAGAUGCUUCAGGUAGUGUUGCAAUACUCAAUCAUUACGAGGGGGUCACUUAAUACAUGUUGGCUAUCCCUGCUCGUGUGUAGAAGAGGUGUAGGACUUAGCAGGGGCCUUAAUGUCGGCUAUAUCAUAGUUGUCGUGUUGUGCAGGCAAUCAACGGUUAGCUUUGUCUGUAGCGUAAUGCUGACAGCACUCUCAGUGCCAAAUGUGGUAGUUCUAAAGUUAAAAACCAACAAAAAAAUUAGGAAAACAUAUUUUGAAUUUUUCUAUGAUAGCGUGACUGAUUCACAUCACAACCAAACAAAUACAUUGGUCACAGAGUCGGGGUUCCACCCCUGACGCACCCUGAAUUUCAAGAAAAUCACAAUCAGCUAACGUGAGAUAUCAUUUGUAUAGCCUUUAUUAAAACAGGGUCUUUAUUAUUAAGAGAUUGUAAAACGUAGGUAGUUUACUGUAAAGAGAAUUUUGUCUUUGUCUUUCAAACGAUUUAAGCAAAAAUUUUGAGCAGUAUUGUUUUUGUGAGAUUAUAUAAUUAGUGUUAAUAAGAUGCCAAAAUUAUUUUAUUCCAUUUUAUAGUUUUUAAAGCGGUUGCCAGCACAGACAAUUCGAAACGUAUUUCUAAAAGAAUACUUAUGAAACUCAAUGCAAACAUAUAACUUUUGUAAUGAUAAUUAUUAUCGGCAACAAAUUUCAGGGUAACGUUUCGCUUUAUUCUCAUUUUUUAGUAAUACGUUGAAUAAUAAAGCUACAGUGUUGCUGUAGAUUAUGUUGUAUACAAAUAGUAAAAGAUGCAAAAUAGAUUUAUAUAAAAUAUCUACCUAUAUGUAUCGCUAUUUCUAGUGCUUUUUGCUUAUGGAACACAACACGACUGUAUAACUGUAUUAGUAGUAGAGGGCACGCUGUUACUCAUCAUAAUUUCGGCUCGUUCAGAAAUGUUACCAUAUCUUGGACAUAUCCUUCUCGAGGUGGCAUUGUAAUUUAUUGUUGGGCCCGGAAACGACGUUUGUGUCGCAUCCAGGGGUUUUUAUUGCUCAAUCCUUCGUCAUCUUCAUAUCAGAUAUUAAAAAUGAGUAACAGCUCGAAAUAUUUUGAUAUUGAUUAUAAUGUUUUAUGUAUUAUACGGAUCAUUCAUGUAGGUUUUAAAAUUAGGCAAUAAAAUAUUGACAUGUGCGAGGCAUAAAAGACAGUUUAGACAUUGCACAUAUCUAUUGUUCUUUCCAUAUGCAAGAUGUUUAGUAUAUACAUAUUUAGAUAAGAUGUUUUAUGUUUGUUUUUGGUUAAUAAAGUGUGAACAUUA